CAUGUGGGACCUUGCCAUGACUUUUAAAGACAGGUGUCAAUUUACAUGCAGAGCUGCCUUGGAAUGAAACGUGCAGCGGUAACUGUUUUUGAGUGGCAUUCGCACCUAAAAUGCAACGGAUCGAGAGACAGCAGUGACUGUAACACGUUGGAGUUUAUGCGUUUCAUUCCAUAACGGUUGUCGUAAUUGGUAUUUUGAGGAGUUAGCGAUUAAAACGAACUGGGACUCGUUUCAACAUUCCAAUGUAAGACGAUUUGGCUAAUUGUCUAUUUAAUGGCGACUAUAGAUACUGGGCAUGCAUGUUUGGGAUUCAUGUUAACAUUGUCCAUGAAACUGUGUGUUUGAAAACGUGCACGCCUAACCAUUAACGUUAGACUAACCAGUUUGCCAAAUCUGUUUCUAGCGCUACAGUAACCGCUGAAGUAGCCUGUGAACAGUCUGGCACAUUGGAAGGGGCGUGCUUGCUUAACCUCAGAAAAUAUGUCUAGGCUACUUGGUAAAAUUUCUGGUUUUGCAACUAACAUAACUGUGUAGCUUUUUAGGUUAGCUAGCUUAGCCUAAUAGCAUACCUGGAAAUAAACUGCGUUCCGUGAAAAUGUGUUAAUUGUGGUCAGCUUGCGUAAAAUAGAUUAUCUAGCUGGACAGCUAGCGAAACGGAAAUCGACUACUCUGUCUAACUGUAGCACUCGCUGCAUGCUUACUGGUUAGCAGUAAUAAUACAGAGAAGGUAGCCAAAGCGGACGCGUCUCCUUAAAGUAAAAAAAAAAUUGAAAAUGCCUUAUGUUCAGCUGGUUGGGUACCGAUGACAGGAGGAAGAGGGAUCCUGAGCUUUUUCAGACAGUCAGUGAUGGACUCAAGAAGUUGUACAAAACGAAGCUGUUGCCUCUGGAAGAGCAUUACAAAUUCCAGGAUUUCCACUCGCCCGCCUUAGAAGAUGCAGAUUUCGAUAACAAGCCCAUGGUACUUCUCGUGGGACAGUAUUCCACCGGAAAGACUACGUUUAUCAGGUACCUCCUUGAGGAGGACUUCCCGGGGAUGCGGAUUGGGCCAGAACCCACAACGGACUCCUUCACUGCAGUGAUGCAUGGGGACCUGGAGGGGCUGAUCCCAGGAAACGCCCUGGUGGUGGACCCAAGGAAACCCUUCAGGAAACUCAGUGCCUUUGGGAAUGCUUUCCUCAACAGGCUUGUAUGCGCUCAGUUGCCCAACCCUGUGCUGGAGAGCAUCAGCGUGAUUGACACUCCGGGGAUCUUAUCUGGAGAAAAGCAGAGGAUCAGCAGGGGCUAUGACUUUGCAGCAGUACUGGAGUGGUUUGCUGAGCGGGUAGACCGUAUCAUCUUGCUCUUUGACGCCCACAAACUAGACAUCUCAGAUGAGUUCUCCGAGGUCAUCCGGGCCAUGAAGAACCAUGAGGACAAAAUGCGGGUGGUGCUGAACAAGGCAGACCAAAUCCAGACCCAGCAGUUAAUGCAUGUCUAUGGCGCUCUCAUGUGGUCACUGGGGAAGAUCAUCAACACUCCCGAGGUGGUGCGUGUCUAUACUGGCUCCUUCUGGUCCCGGCCCCUGCUCAUUCCAGACAACCGCAAGCUGUUUGAGGCUGAGGAGCAGGAACUGUUCAAGGACAUCCAGUCCCUACCCCGCAAUGCAGCUCUUCGCAAACUCAACGACCUCAUCAAGAGGGCACGGCUGGCCAAGGUGCACGCCUACAUUAUGAGCUCCCUGAAGAAGGAGAUGCCGUCCAUGUUCGGGAAGGAGAACAGAAAGAGAGAGCUGAUCCGUAACCUGGGGGAGAUCUAUAGUCGAAUUGAGAGGGAGCGCCAGCUCUCCCCAGGGGACUUCCCCAACCUCAGGAGGAUGCAGGAGCAGCUGCAGGCCCACAACCUGGCAAAAUUCCCACUCAUUAAGCCCAAGUUGUUGGACGCAGUGGAUGAGAUGCUGGAUCAUGACAUUGCUGAGCUGAUGGCACUGGUGAGGCAGGAGGAGACCCAGCAGCCAAGUCAGACAGUGAGGGGCGGGGCUUUCGAAGGCACCGUCAAUGGGCCAUUUGGUCAUGGUUAUGGGGAAGGCGCCAGCGAGGGCAUCGAUGAGCCUAUGUGGGUAGUGGCACGUGACAAGCCCCUCUAUGAUGAGAUAUUCUACACCCUCUGCCCCAUCAAUGGCAAGGUAACGGGUGCCAAUGCUAAGAAGGAGAUGCUUAAGUCCAAACUACCCAACACCGUGCUGGGCAAGAUCUGGAAGCUGGCGGACAUCGACCGAGAUGGCAUGCUCGACGACGAUGAGUUUGCCCUUGCCAACCAUCUCAUCAAGGUCAAGCUGGAGGGUCACGAGCUGCCCGACACACUUCCACCCCACCUGUUGCCCCCCUCCAAGAAGAAAAGCCUGGAAUAAUCAAAAGCACGGUUGUCCAAAAAGACAAAGUGAGACAGAACAGUCAUAUUCUCACAGAAAAUUAUAAAGAGCCAAAUAAAAUAUCAUAACUCAUCCUUGAACCCGUUUAAUAAAUGCUUUGUAUUUGCUCAUGUUUUUUUCCUAGCCAGACAGCCUUAUCUGUUGUGAUAAAGGAAGUUAUUGGCCAAAUUUUAUGUUAGCGCUCCAGGGGAAAUAACGUGUGGGAAAAUUAUUCAGAAAUUGGAUUUCUUUUUAAAAUAUAUUCUUAUAAUUACCACUGGUCUUGAUUUUGUAAUUUCAUUAGCUGGUUUUGGUUUUCAAGUUACAAUCAGCAACCGAUUUAGACCAUAGAAAGCAGGUGGGAAUUAAUCAUUUGUUUAAUCUACUGCAUUAUUUGAUCAAUCCUGAGUAAAAAAAAAAAAAAAAAAAAACUGCAUAACAUGUGCUUCUUCUUGACCAAGGAUGAGGAUCCCUGCACUUUGCUAUUAGUGCCAAGAUCACCUGAGAUUUCACUGUUUGGUGACUUUUGUGUUAUUGAAAAAAGAUGAUGGUAGUCAAGUCUUUUUUUGUUGUCUUUUUUUAAACCUGAACUUCUGAAAGUAUCCUUUGCACAUGUGAGGCCUUUGUAUGCCCACCUCCCCUUCCCUUAAGUGGCUUUUGUCAGGCCGCCAUUGUAAUAAUUUGUUCUUAAUGACUUGCCUGGUGAAAUAAAGGUGAAAUAAAUAAAAUUAAAAGUAUGCAUAUGGAUAGUCAA